AUGGUUAAUUUCAGUAUAACCAUUGUAUUCUUUGCCCUCUUCAUUCUUCAAUUUCAACCUGCAACACUUGAUGAAGGUGGUGGCCAAAAUGAUGCUCAAAACCACCCUGAAAAACCACUUUUUUCUAAGGUAUUGAUGGAUACUGUUUCUCUUCUCAGAAAGUCCCACAAAAGCUCCUGGGAGAAAAUGAAAACUGUCAUACAUGAUCUGCAGAUGCAGUUUUCUCCACCAAAUUUGGAGGGUGGGAGAGAGGUAGGAGAAGAAAACAAAGGAACUUUUAAAGAUACAUUCGAGGAAAGUGCUGAAACAGCAGCAAAAGCAGCAAUAGCAGUUGAAAGAGCAAUUCAUAAGACAGCAGAAAAGAAGAUGACAACUGAUGACUCUGAAAAUGAAUCUAAAGCAGAACUUUAA